CUGCGCUCUGCACACUGUCCUUUCUCCUGGUGCUGUUCCCAGACACCCGUCGGUCCCUCCCACACCCAUUCUCUUCCAGUCACUCGUUCAGUUUCGGUCACUUACAUCCCCAUGAAGUCCUCGGUGCUUCCUCUUGCUCUCACGCUCUCCGGCACCCUCGCAAACGCGCUCGUUUUCCCGGUCAAGCAAGCCAGGCAUGCAGCGACAACGCUUCAGAGAAGAAGCGGCAGCACAUCCUAUGCCCGCCCGAAGGUCCUGGCGGCUGCUUCAUCCGAGACCCCCGAUGAGAUAGACAUGUCUACAUACCAUGAUAUCAUAUACCUCGCUAAUAUCACCAUAGGAGGCAACGACUACCAGGUCCAAUUGGACACCGGCUCCUCGGAUCUUUGGGUGAAAGGUCCGACAUCCCCUUUGCCAGGCGCACAGCAAACGGACAUAACGUACAACCUGACCUAUGGCAUUGGUUGGGCGUACGGAGAAGUGAAUUAUUCUCCAGUACAGUUUGCGGGGAUCUCCAUUCCCUCGCAGGCCUACCUCGACGUGUCUCAAGCGCAGAACCCAGCACUCGCAUACGGUGCUGUUGGCAUCGUAGGACUUGGCUUCACCCAGCUGUCCACCAUUGACGCGCUGGUCAACCAUACUGGCGCCAGCACCGGGCGCAGCCUGCUGUACAACGCGUUCGAGAACAGCAAGGCGGAGCCCAAUUACAUCGCGUUUUCGCUCCAGCGUUCCUCGGACCCAAAUGACGAGGUCGAGGGCGCAUUCUCUAUUGGCGAGGUUGACCCGCAGUACCAGGCCGUCCUGGGAAACGAGCCGAUACCCACUUGGCCAGAAAGCUACCCUUCGAGGUGGAGCAUUCUUCUGGAUGCUGUGCUCAUCAGUGGCGAGCAGGCAGUACCUGUGUCCAGCGUGGUCGCGGGUGUCCCUGAGGGCCAGGCGGUCGUGCUUCUUGAUAGCGGAACGUCUUGGACGUAUGCACCGCCAGACGUAUGCACCGCCAUAUACGGCAGCGUCCCCGGUGCGACCUUCGACGAUGAUCUCGGUCAGUGGACAGUUCCGUGCGGUGCAGAGAUCGAUAUCGCCCUGCAGUUUGGCGGCCAAGUGUAUCCUAUUCACCCUCUUGAUGUCAACGCGCAGAGCCUCACCGACCCUACCGUCUGCGCUGGUACUUUCCUUCCGCAAGCAGUAACCGUUGGCGCGGGAGAGUUCGACUGGCUCAUCGGCGACAACGUCCUCCGGUCGAUCUACUCGAUCUACGAUUUUGGCGACUACGACUCUUUGGGCAACAUGGGCAAUCCCUACGUCAAGCUGCUCUCCCUCGUCGACCCUGCCCAGGCGUCUGCCGACUUCCAUCAGCUGCGCGGAGGUACCGCUGCCACGAACAUCACCUACAACGCGGCAAACUCCACAAGCCUAGCUUCCGGCGGCGGCAGCGUCGCCGUCUCGCUUUCUGCCGACAUGGUGCACACGAUCAGCCAGCUCGGGAGCUACCUGCCCGUCGUGCUCGCGAUCAUGGCGCUGAACGCGCUCGCGGUGCUCCUGCUCGUCGCCGCGGCGUUCGCGUACAUGUGCCGGAGGCGGCGGGCCAAGGUCCGCGCGCGCAGGACCCCGGGCAGGAUGACCCCGAUGCCGGUGGACCCCGCGUUGUCGGCGUCGGCGUUCGGCAUGGGCAUGGGCAUGCUGCCCGGCGGCGGCAGCGGCGGCGAGGGACACACCUACGAGCCGGUGUCGAUGGCGCUCUCGGAGGACACCUUCGUGCCGCCGUCGCCGGCGUUCCAGAAGGAGGGCUCCUCGAAGCUGCGUCCUUUGUCGGUCGCAUGAGUAUAUCUGCCUGCACGGCUCCGCUACCGGAUGCAUUGGAUUUAGCUAUCUCUUUUCUUUUUUUGGUUGGAGGGACAGUUGUGCAAUUGCUUUUCUGGAUGGAGGGACAGUUUUGCAAUUGCUUUUUCUCUGUACACACGCGUAGGAUAACUUUUUUGUUCGUCUGUCUGGACUAUGGUGCUUCUGCCAAUACAUUUUGAU